UUCACUGAGUCUCGCCACAAUAACCUUUGUCAGGGAAAGAGUGCGUGGGAGAUCAUGAGAAGUCAUGCAGAUUUUGCACUAAAUUCCAGCGAACCAGCCAGUGGAUUGAUAAUUAACGUGGAACAUUUACGGCGAGAGUACAUUGUGCUUCUGGUGGAAUACACAGCGGACAUGGUGAACGUAGAUCAUAAGUGGGAGUACCUGCACGACAGUGUGAUUCAGUACCUGCUCCAUGAUCUCGCGUGGGGUACCAAGGUGUGGGUGAUGGCCUUCGCCUCUGACGUCCACCUGGUCGCCGAGGUCGCGCUCACGUCCGCCGGCGCGCGCCAGGCUGCAGCCGAAGCGCUGCGCCAGUUCGCGAACGAGACCGAGCCGGGGCUUUGCCGCGACCUGCAGAUGGCGAUUGGAGAGGCAGCCACGGUGUUAUAUUCCAACCCAUUGGCACGUGACCACGGCAAGAUCAUCCUGAUCACGCAGCCUCCGGACGAAGUUCCUUCAGAGAAUUUCUUCUGUCACGAGAUGAACGCCGUCGACCUCGGCUCGGCUCAGAGCGGCCGACAGGUGAUGUCGAUCCUAUACAUCACAAACGCUUCCUCAAAUACCACGUGGUACGAGACAAUGGCAUCGAAUCCCCCGGGAAAGGUUCUGAGAGUUGAAGACUCCCACGCCACGCUGCAUACGAAGAUCAAACUGCUGGAUUACCUGCACCAGCUGGACCAGGCCUCUUCUGACGGCGAGCUCUUGCAGGAAAUCCCACCAAGCAAAGAGCCCGGAUGCGUUAAAACCUUCCUCUUAGAAGACACGCUGUUGCCAGCAGAUGGCUUCCUCGUUAUCCACCGUGAAAAAGAUUCCAAUGGGACGGUUUCCCUCCACAAUAGCGAAGGCGAUCAAAACCUUUUGCUCGGCCAGCCGGAGCUCCUUGACACAGCUGAUCUGUUCUCGGUUUUGUUUACUAUUCCAGGACCUUGGAAUUUAACACUAGGGAACACGGACUGCACGAGUGUGAUCCCCGUAGUGUUUGUGAAGAGAAAAUCGGGUUUUGCUGACGUGCUGGACAUGGGCGCCCUCGUCAACCUGGCUGAACCUCAGGAAACUGUACCAGAUGAACCUACCUUGACUCAGCAGGGUACAGUGGGACACCCAUCUGCCUUGUCACGGUGGCCUGGGCUAAGCGGGCCAGUCGCGAGGAGUCGGUUGAAGGAGGAGGCUGUCCUGGUGGACGUCCGGGUGUCCGCGCCUCUGCAGGACGUCGCGCUCGGGGACUCUUCUGACCCCGUGGUGAUGACGGCUAGGGUGACCAAGGACGGGAAGGCAGUCCUCGGCGGCGUCGUGGUCGCAACGGUGACGGAGUGCAGCGGCGACGGCGACUGCGAGACCAGGAUCCCUCUGUUUGACAACGGCAGCGGAGCCCCCGACGCCACGGGAGGCGACGGCGUGUAUUCGGCGUACUGGCACUCCGCCAAUAGCAGCGCCGCCGUCCCCCUCGCCGCCGCCGCCCUCGUCAGAGCAGCGGCGGGAGAGAACGCCGCUGUGCUCGAGGUUCCGG